AUGGCUGAACAACCCUUCACUAUCUCCGUUCCGAACGACCAGCUCGAUCUUUUGAAGCGAAAGCUGGACCUUACGCGUUUGCCUGACGAGCUCGAGGGAGCAGGGUGGGAUUAUGGUGCUCCCCGAGCUGACAUUGAGCGUCUACUCAGACGGUGGAAGGAUGGGUUCGAUUGGCGCGCGGCCGAAGCCGCACUGAAUAAGGAGCUCCCCAUGUUUACUCGCGACAUCGCCGUCGAGGGACACGGAGCGCUCAACAUUCACUACAUUCAUCAGCGGAGCGCGAUCCCCGGAGCCAUCCCGCUACUCUUCGUCCAUGGCUGGCCGGGAAGCUUUAUAGAGGCUCGGAAGAUACUACCUCUACUUGUCACGCCCGACGAUGAGAACGCGCCGGCCUUCCAUGUUGUUGCACUUUCGCUCCCAGGGUACGGGUUCUCUGAAGCGGCGAAGAAACCGGGACUGGGUCCACAGCAGAUGGCCGAGAUCAGUCACAAAUUGAUGCUCGCGCUCGGUUAUAACGAGUACGUCUGCCAAGGCGGGGACUAUGGAUAUGUGGUCACCAUGCUAGUCGCGAACAUGUACGGGCCAACUCAUGUGAAGGCAUGGUACACAGAUACGCCGGAGCUGAAGGCACCCGGUGCCGAUAUUCAGUACAGUGAACGCGAUCAGGCGACACUGAAGCGGAUGGACGACGUCAUGAAGACUGACACGGGCUACAUGUUCCAGCAAGCCACGAAGCCGCAGACGCUGGGUUAUAGUCUCUCCGACUCGCCUGUAGGACUACUUGCCUGGAUAUACGAAAAGCUGGUGGCUUGGACCGAUGCCUACACGUGGACUGAUGACGAGGUAUUGACCUGGGUAUCCAUCUAUUGGUUCUCGCGUGCUGGACCGACGGCAUCUACACGGAUCUACUACGAGUCGAGAGUGGCAGGACUCGGUCCCGAGAUCGACCCGGGAAUGCUGUUCAAGGUCUACGACGUCAACGUACCUAUCGGGAUAUCCGUCUUUGCUGGAGAGCCCACGACGCCGCCUGAAUCGUGGAUCUCACCUUACGGUGACCGAGUUGUGCAAUCGGUUCGUCACGAACGCGGAGGCCAUUUCGCCGCUUACGAGGUACCCGAGCUCCUCGUAGGCGAUUUGCGCAAGAUGUUUGGAAAGGGCGGGCCUGCCUAUCGUGUUGUGGAAGGCAAUGAUGGCUACUAG